AUGGCACCCGUAAGGUCAAGCUAUGACGACAUAAGCUUCAUAUAUGUAAUACCUGGGCAAGAACAUGACAACGAACAGACCAAAAAAUUGCGAAAUGCCAUGCUUAAUAUCGUAAUCGAACCUCUUGCUUCCGUUCCAUUUCCCCCGGAAAUCAGCGUGGACGAUUUGGUAGAAUCUCCCAAAAACUCGAAACAAAAAUUUAAGUCCCCCAACCGAUUUUUUAUAUUCCGAAGGGCCUACUGCAAGGAAAUGAUUCGGCAAGGCAAACGAUAUCCACAAACAAUGCUUUCAACAUAUAUCUGUGAUCAUUGGAAACGACUCCCGAAAGAACAGAGAGAAUUUUAUACCAACUUGGCGGAAAAAGCUCGAAUUUUAUUCAAAGAAAAAUACGAUGCAAUCGCCCGUGACGAUAAAGGUCCUUCGAAAUAUAGAUAUACUAGCAAAUACUCAGAAAGAGUUAAGAUACGUCAAGAGUGUAAGCGGAAACAACCACGACAUGCCGAAAGUCAUGUGCCGCAAGUGGCAAGUCCUCUUCACACGCAUGACAUGGCACACUACUCGCAGUGUUACACUCCACUUUUUGAGGAGGCUUCGCAACUUCCAACGCUGGCAACCAGUACGCGGCUUCCAAUGCUGGACGAUUUCGACAUGGCACACUUUCUUUCAAUGCAGGACGAUUUCGACAUGGCACACUGCCCUAUUUUUUCCGAUUUUAUUUAA